UCGUCCGGCUAUUGUUGUGUGUCUUUCAGGGCAACCCCAACCUAUCAGCGAGCGGUGAUUUCUGGAUAUUUUAACUGUUUUGCUUCGCUGUGUCCCCGCCAUAUUAAGCAGUCUUUGUCAGCUGGCGGCGUGUCCUCGUCCUCGUUUUAAAGAAACAUUAAGGAUCCCAGCGGAGGACUUUGGGCUGGUGAAGUAGUUAAUCGGUAUGGGACAGACGGAAGACUGAGAUUCCACGUUAGAGAGACUGCUGGUGUCGGCUGUUUUCUUUUCCUCUCAUUUGUAUUUGCGACGUGAAAUAAAAACGUGCGGAAAAAGAUCACAGGACGCAUGUAGCCGAAGUACAACACUGCUAAGGUCGCUUUCAAGGCUCGACGAUGGGUUGUGUCAGGAGUAAAGAAGACAAGGGCCCGGCGCUGAAGUACCGACCCGACAACUCGAAUGCCACGCCAGUUAACACCCACCUGGGCCACUACGGGCCCGACCCCACCCUGAUGGGUCAUUCACCAGCUAUGAAGACACACAACAAUAGCUACAACAGUCAUGCCGCUGCCCUCACACCCUUUGGUGGAGCGUCUUCGGUCAUGACGCCCUUCGGUGGCGCCUCCACCUCCUUCACCUCAGUGGCUGUGAGCAGUCCCUUCCCCAGUGUCAUCACAGGUGGCGUGACAUUUUUCGUAGCGUUGUACGACUACGAAGCGAGGACGUCGGAUGAUCUGUCAUUCAAAAAAGGGGAUCGCUUCCAGAUUAUCAACAACACGGAAGGCGACUGGUGGGAGGCUCGCUCCAUCAACACCGGACAGAAAGGUUACAUCCCCAGUAACUACGUGGCUCCCGCUGACUCCAUACAGGCUGAAGAAUGGUACUUUGGUAAAAUGGGCCGCAAAGACGCUGAGCGUUUGUUGUUGCUUCCAGGGAACCAGCGGGGAACUUUCUUGGCACGAGAGAGUGAGACGACCAAAGGUGCUUACUCUCUUUCUAUCCGGGACUGGGACGAGGUGAAGGGAGACAACGUCAAACACUAUAAGAUCCGAAAGCUGGACAACGGUGGUUAUUACAUCACCACUCGGGCCCAGUUUGAGACACUACAGAAGCUGGUGAAACACUACACAGAGCACGCGGACGGUCUGUGCUACAGGCUGACGACUGUGUGUCCCACGGUGAAGCCUCAGACUCAGGGACUAGCUAAGGAUGCCUGGGAAAUCCCACGAGAGUCCCUGCGACUGGAGGUCAAACUGGGCCAGGGCUGCUUCGGAGAAGUCUGGAUGGGCACAUGGAAUGGCACUACCAAGGUGGCGAUCAAGACCCUAAAGCCAGGCACCAUGUCUCCAGAGGCCUUCCUGCAGGAGGCUCAGAUCAUGAAGAAGCUGCGACACGACAAACUGGUGCCUCUCUACGCUGUGGUGUCUGAGGAACCCAUCUACAUCGUGACCGAGUUCAUGGGCAAAGGUAGUUUACUGGACUUCCUGAAGGAGGGAGAUGGCAAAUAUCUGAAGCUGCCGCAGCUGGUGGACAUGGCCUCACAGAUCGCAGACGGCAUGGCCUUCAUCGAGAGGAUGAACUACAUCCACAGGGACCUGAGAGCUGCCAACAUUCUGGUGGCCGAUAACCUGGUGUGUAAGAUCGCCGACUUUGGCCUGGCUCGGCUCAUCGAGGACAACGAGUACACCGCCAGACAAGGUGCUAAAUUCCCCAUCAAGUGGACAGCCCCUGAAGCUGCUCUUUACGGCCGCUUUACUAUCAAAUCAGACGUCUGGUCGUUUGGUAUACUACUGACUGAGCUGGUGACUAAGGGCAGAGUACCAUACCCAGGUAUGGUUAAUCGAGAGGUACUUGAGCAGGUAGAAAGAGGGUACCGCAUGCCGUGCCCCCAGGGCUGCCCCGAGUCUCUUCAUGAGAUGAUGAGGCAGUGCUGGAAGAAGGAGCCGGAUGAGAGACCCACAUUCGAGUACAUCCAGUCCUUUUUGGAAGACUACUUCACAGCCACAGAGCCACAGUACCAGCCAGGGGACAACCUCUAGUCUGGGGUAUCUGGGGGGCGAACUCUGGCACUACAGAGAGGUACAUCAGCUGAGAUCAAAACUUGGGACGACAGAGAAGUUCAACGAGGCCGCGAAGGCCUUGCUGAAGCUGCAGAGAAAGAGGUUUUCCAAACUAGUCCACAACCACACUGGCAUACUUGCACAUGCAAGACAAAGUGUUUUCUGAAGUAGAGGUUUGUCCCUUGUAUUUACCUGGGGACCAAAUAUUCGGGGAAGUGUCCAAGUAUGCAGAUUGAUGCUGGUACGUUAAGCUCUGGGAACCCUGCUAAUCAGAAUAAUCCAUAUGGACUGGCCACAACACUGUGAUCAAUAAGAGAGGGAUUUCCUCCUAAUUUCAAAUCUACUUGCAGAUGCACAGUUUUUUACUUUUUUAAAUGAUAAAUUUCCCUUAUCUGCUCCAAUUCCCCCUUUUUAUUUUAUUUUAUUUUAUUUUACAAACACAAUUCUUUGAUAUUGGAGUCAAGAUCUUUUAUAUGUACAUGAGUUUGGUUUGAAUAUGUAGGUUGAUGAGUAUGUUUUUUUUUUUUUUUUUAAGUGACCAACAACUGUGGUUGAAUUGCGAGUAUGUGCCGUGACUGUAAAGCUUUGAUGGAGAAGGGCGAAGUGAAGUAUAUGAAAAAAGGUGAACUGUGUGGAUGCAAGAAUGUACUGAGAGAUCGAACCAGAUGUACAUACAGUAUGUGCAAAAAAAAAAGUAUUUUUAGCAGGUGUGAUCAGGUGGACGAAUGAGAAUAUGAAAGUGAUUUGCAUGAUUCUUUUUAACUCAGUCACUUGAAUGGGAAAUCACAUCAGUUUAUUACACUUGUAUUUUUUUUUUUUUUUCAUUUAAAUUGGGGACUUGAAAUCAUAAAGAGGUAUUUUGAUAUUUUACAGGUGUAAGACAGUUUAACAUUUUAUAAAUGUUUUGAAAUGGACACUUCAGCUGUGAAACUUAAUCUGAAGUUAGCAUCUUGUCUUUUCUUUGUUGCACAACUCUGCUGUAAAUGGACUCUUAACAUAGUUCUCUUUAUAUCGCACACAUCCACACAGUCAAACGUCGCAGCAGAUGAGUCAUCCCAUUUUUUUGAUGGUACGGGGAACUGCUGGAUCUACUCGGUUCACAUCACCAUGUAAAUCAUACAUGCAGCUGUAGGAUUUCUUCCUCUUCUUCUCAGUAAAAUCCCACCAACCCAUGACUAAACACCAGUGUCCUUAGUUCUGUGUCUGCUGGAGGGAAAGUUAUAUCCAAAGCCAACAACUACGCAAAACAAAUCUCUUCAUUUGUAAAUGCGACUAUGCAAAGCCAUCCAGUGAUGUUUACCGCAACGUCUUGAAUGGUGUUUGCAGUGUGUGGAGCUUUCUCUAUGGUUUUAUAAUUUCAAUUCCCAGUGAUGGAGAGGCGAUUGGUGGAUCACCUCUGGAACAAAGUAACUAGACGCAGACAAGGAUAAACACCUUGCACACACUGUGGUCCAGACGGGGCUUGAGUGCUUUUUACAGAGAUUGAGAAUACAAAAGUCCCUUAACACGUUUUUAGAAGUUCUUCCACUGUGUGUGAUGAGAGAUUUGAGAAGAUAGAAUUCAGCAAGAAAGCUCAAGAAUUGGACAAAGAUGUGAACAUUUUUUUUGUCUUUUCUUUCUGUGCGUCACUCACGAGAACCUAAUAUCUGAUUGUUCCUAAAGACGGGGACUUGAACUAGCGGGGAGAUAAUAAUGACAUUACUGAGAAUGGUAACUAAUAUGAUUUUGUACAGAAAAAAUAAAAGAUUUACUCAAAGGUU